AUGCCAACACCCAACAACAACCUUGAUCCUCCUAGAUAUGACCCCAUCAGCUUUGAAGAGCUGACGCAGUCAGACGGCUCCCAUCCCAACCGUCCCAUCCUGGUAGCCAUCAAAGGCGUUGUCUUCGAUGUGAGCAGUAAUCCGGCCUUUGCUCCUGGUGGAUGCUACCACGUCUUUGCUGGAAAAGAUGCCUCUCAUGCGAUGGCGUGUUCCUCGCGCAAUCCCAAGGACUGCACGGCGGAAUGUCAUGAUAUAGGGGAUGCCGAGCAGACAAUUCUCGACGAGUGGUUUGAAUGCUACCGCAGGAAAUAUAAUAUUGUGGGCACGGUGAUGGAAGGUGACCAAGACGAGCGAGAAGAUGCUGACACCGAGGAUAUAUUCUAGUGGACUUGGCUGAUUUGUGCUUAUUUUGUAUUUUUAUGGAGGUCAUAUAAAUAAUAUAACAUCAACAGAACAUACCGGUCCAGCAAGUCUCAACUAUAAUACCUAAGUGGGACUGACCCAUCUGUCGACCAUUGCUGGAGGUACCUUGAUGCAGCAGAUAGAUGGGUGUAGGUUGCAG